GGUCAAAGUCCGCAAAUCGCACAGCUCUGAACGGGUUGGUAGGCUCUGCUUUCUUCCACCAGCGAAGAUCAGCUUUUUCUGCCGCCGGCGCCGCCGCUUUCCCGCGUCUCUGAUUUAGGGUUUCACUUCCCCGUUGAUUGAUUGAUCUCCAAUUUUUUAUUUUAUUUUUUUCUGUGCUCGAGUCGAUCUUGACGAAAAGGAUCUGAAUAGAGGAGAAGAGGAAUUUAUUACGAAAUGGUGAGAGGAUUGCUGGGAAAGCUCGCCACUCGAUCUAUCUCCGUUGCCGGAAAAUGGCAGCAGCAGCAACUCCGUCGCCUGAACAUCCACGAGUAUCAGGGGGCUGAGUUGAUGAGCAAGCAUGGAAUCAAUGUCCCAAAAGGCGUGGCAAUUGGCUCUAUUAGUGAAGUCAAUAAAGUUCUGCAAGAAAUAUUUCCCAAUCAUAGUGAGGUGGUGGUGAAGUCUCAAAUCCUUGCUGGUGGCCGAGGGUUGGGAACAUUUAAGAGUGGUCUCCAGGGAGGAGUUCAUAUUGUGAAGGCUGAACAGGUUGAGGAUAUUGCUGGAAAAAUGCUUGGGCAAAUACUUGUUACAAAGCAAACUGGACCUCAAGGAAAAGUUGUCAGCAAGGUAUACUUGGCUGAGAAGUUAUCUCUUGUGAAUGAGAUGUACUUUGCAAUCACUUUAGAUCGUAAAUCUGCUGGUCCUCUGAUUAUUGCCUGCAAGAAAGGAGGGACUAGUAUCGAAGAUCUUGCAGAGAAGCAUCCAGAACUGAUUGUAAAGGUACCGAUUGAUGUUUUCACAGGAAUUACUGAUGAGGAUGCUGUCAAGGUAGUUGAUGGGUUAUCUCCCCAAGUGGCUGAUAGAAAUGCUUCAAUCGAACAAGUGAAGAAGUUAUAUGAACUCUUUUGCAAAUGUGACUGCACUUUGCUGGAGAUCAAUCCCAUUGCUGAGACUUCUGAUAAACAGUUAGUUGCUGCUGAUGCAAAACUCAACUUUGAUGACAAUGCUGCUUUCCGUCAGAAAGAUAUUUUUGCUCUUAGAGAUCCGACUCAAGAAGAUCCUCGCGAGGUUGCUGCUGCCAAAGCUGAUUUGAAUUACAUUGGUUUAGACGGAGAAAUUGGUUGCAUGGUGAAUGGUGCUGGGUUGGCCAUGGCUACCAUGGAUAUAAUUAAGUUACAUGGAGGCACGCCGGCCAAUUUUCUUGAUGUUGGCGGAAAUGCUUCCGAGGGCCAGGUUGUCGAAGCUUUUAAAAUUUUGACUUCGGAUGAGAAAGUGAAGGCUAUUCUCGUGAACAUUUUCGGAGGAAUCAUGAAGUGUGAUGUAAUAGCUAGCGGAAUCGUGAAUGCUGCCAAGCAGGUUCAACUAAAAGUACCUGUCGUGGUUCGUCUCGAAGGCACGAACGUAGAUCAAGGAAAGAGAAUUCUGAAGGAAAGCGGGAUGUCAUUGAUCACCGCCGAGGAUUUGGACGACGCGGCUGAGAAAGCAGUGAAAGCCUCAGCAAACUGAUUACACAUUUCUUCGCACUUGUCAAUUCAUUGUCGCAGAGAUUCACCCGUAAAUCGACGGGUUUCCAGCAUUGGUCGAUCAAUAAUACAUUUUUGUAGGAGCAAAAUCAUCCCAUUUCUUGGUAAGAUUACACAUUAUAUAAAUUAUUGCCAAGAAAUUACGAUUUUCUUUUCAAUUCAUGAUUUUAUUUGCUA